AUGGCAUCACUCGAGCCGAAUUCGACAAACAAUUCGUCCCCCAGUGGCAAUUCAAACAACGAAGAAGUUCGCUUAUCGCAAAAGUCCUUCGAAAAAGAAUGCUCUUCUAAUGCGCAACCACCGAUGGCGGAUAAUGGUCACGUUGACGGUUGGCCUUGCUCGAAGGGUGCAGCAAGCGUGAAAUGGGACAGGGAACGGUUUGACAUUCGGCGCCCGUACGAAAGGAAAGAGUACGAUCGUCCACACCGGGCGCUGCCCAACUAUUUGGCCGCCUUCGAGGGUCUCAACGUGAAGCCGCAAAAAUGUUGCAAGCCGAACGCUUUCGCCAGGCGUACACCGAUAGAGGAAGUGUUUCACGAGCGGAACCGGACGAAAGUUUGUCCAACGGAAGCGCCGCGACCGUUGGAGGAUUGUGUUGAUGAUGUGAUCGUUGCGGGGAAUGUUAGUUCCAAGGAGGAGGAGAACGAGGAAGACGAGGAGGAGGAGGAGGAGAAAAAUGUCCACAAGAGGAGGAUAUCGAAGGAGUGCUGCAAGACAUUCUUCCAAGCCAGGCGUGCUUUGCUGAGAAGCGAACUUUUCGACAGAUAUUUCAACCGACCACCAAGUCCUGAGAACGAGAGCGAAUCAGAAGACGCGAUUGGAGAGUUUGAACAGAUUGUGUCUGAAAACCAACAGGUUGAACCCCAGCACCAUGACCUAGUUGACUCUUCCGAACAGCUUGAAGACAGUUCCUGCUCGAUAAGUUCCUACAAGUCACCGGAAAUUGUACACAAAGAAAAUAAACCCGCAGCCAUUGAAGCUCAGGAACAGUUUCUGGACCGAAUGCGGAACCAUUACCUGGCGAGGUUCGAUCGUGUCAGGGAGCAGAUGGAAAAGGUGGAACGGGACCGUCACAAACAGCCCGAGCCAUUCGAUGGGGAAAAGUAUAUGGCCGAAUAUCCUGCUCCGGACAUUAGGAAUGAAGGGAAGGUACGCUUGCGUGAGACUCUUGAGAGGCGUUUGGCGGAGUUGAACAAAGUUCAGGAGCGCCCCGUGCGCCAGUAUCCAACGACGGUGAAACAGUUUGCGAUGUACAAGGAACGGCUGAUGGAAGACAGGCGUAAACUGCGCGAUGAGGCGGCAUUGGUUGAAGAUUACUUUCGUAAAGCCGAUGCACCGAGGGAGAUUCCCGAGGCGAAGCUAGAGGUGAAACGGUUUCGAUUGGCAGAUUUUGAAAGCUCCCCAGAGGACUUCGAUUCCGAUGGGGAAUCGGAGUGCCGUCCGGCAGAACCGUUGGUUUACCACACCUGCAUGACGCGAGACGAAUGGGGUCACUGGAUGGCGCAUAGUACUAAGAUCGAGAAGCUGAAACUACCGAAAGUCAGUGUGGCUCGAGUUCCGGUGAUGGUGCAAAAGUGUCACGAAAGUCCCAUCCGUGCGUACAUCGAGGGUCGUCUCGAUGGACCUUCCCGCGCCACGACGUCGCCGACGGUGGAACACGAAAAGAAGCAGCAGGAACAUCGUCGGUCGAAGAAGAUUAUCCAUUCCGUGCGAGCCACAAGCUCACCAUGUCCGACCAUGCGUGAUCUGCUAUUUGACCCGGUGCCCAAUCCCGAGCCGCUGGAUUUCGUGCCGUACAAUGCGACGCUCCGACCAUAUUCGGACAUCGUCGAGGAACGUCUUCGCAUCGGCAAAGGGCAGAGGAAGGUUCAGCGGCAGCUGCGCAAAAGCCGGAUGCGAUGGAUUGAGAAGCUUGUCGACGAGAUUUGCUGUCGGAGGAGAGACUAG